CUCUGUUUUUGAUUCCCAAUUACAAAAUAUAGGGUUUGAUUUGUAUUGAUAGGGAAUUAGGGAGGAGUAUGAGCAGGAGCAAGCGACACCGUGAUUACCCUGAUCAACCCGAACCCGGACCCGAAUCUGGGAAGAAACACCAGCAUUCCAAUUCGGAGCCGACCUUUCCGUCAUACCUGGACUCUGGGAAACCCCUGCCUCCCAAAAUCAAGCUGCUGUGUGCAAUUGUGGCCGAAAUCCACUGCCUCUCGGUGGAAGAGACCUUAAACGACACCGGUAUUCGGGUGAGCCAACAUGACGUGGAAGAGGUCCUCAAGCUCUCCUACGCUUUCCCGGGUCCCGCCCUCAAGUUCUUCCGCUGGUCUGGUCGUCAGCUCAACGAGCACCACUCUCCCUAUGCUUGGAAUUUGGUUGUUGAUCUGUUGGGUAAGAAUUGCUUCUUUGAUGCCAUGUGGGACGCCAUCAAGUCCAUGAACAAAGAAAGGUUACUCUCUUUGGCCACUUUUGCUUCUGUUUUUAGUAGUUAUGUGGUUGCCGAUAAAACCCCUGAGGCUAUCAUGACCUUUGAGGUUAUGGACCAAUAUGGUGUUGCUAGAGAUAUUGUGGCGUUCAAUUCUCUCUUGAGUGCCAUCUGUAGAGAUGGCAAGACCUCCGAUGCCUUUGAUUUUUACUACAUUGCUAAGGAUAAGAUCAGGCCGGACGCUGAUACUUAUGCCAUCCUGUUGGAGGGGUGGGAGAGCGAAGGCAAUGUUGCCUCUGCCACCAAGGUUUUGGAUGAGAUGGUGAGUCAGAUUGGUUGGGAUCCCACCAAUGUGCCCGCCUACGAUUCAUAUUUGAAUACUCUGCUCAAGGGGAAUAAUGGGAUUUGCGUGGCGCUGGACUUUUUUGACACCUUGAAAGCUAAGAGGUGUUAUCCGGGGGUUAAGUUUUUCAGGCUUGCACUUGAUGAGUGUGUCAACGAAGGCAAUGUUGGUGGAGCUGAGGCUCUUUGGGAGGCAAUGGUAGGGGGACUUGGUUUGCAAGCUGAUACCAGUAUGUAUAAUUUGAUGAUUUCUUUGCAUUGCCAUGGAAACAAUAUUAGUGUAGCAAAAAGGAUGCUGGAUGAGAUGGUCUACAAUGGGGCAUUCCCAAAUUCGCAGACAUAUAACAUGGUGUUUAAGAUGCUCAUUAAGAAUAGGAAGUUACAGGAGGCUGGGGCUUUGUUCACUGAGAUGAUUAAAAAUGAGUGUAUUCUGGACCAGGUUAAUUGUACUGCUGCAGUCAGGAUAUACUUGGAUUUGGGGGACCCUUAUUUUGCUAUAAAAGUCUGGAAAUUUAUGAUAGAAAAUUACCAUUCUGGCUUGGAGGAAACUGGGAAUUUUUUGGUUCUAGGACUUCGCGAUAUGAACAGGGUCCCAGAAGCAGUCAAGUAUGCAGAGGAUAUGAUCCUAAGAGGAAUCAAGUUGAGUUCUUCUUCAAUGUCGAAACUCAAAGACAGCCUUGUCCGAGCAAAGAAGGAAUACAUGUAUGUUGAUCUUGCAUCAACCAUGAACACUGUUGGGUAGAAGUCAACAAAUCCCUGGAACUUGUCUCGCAAUGUCUGGAUCGAGUUUAUUGCAACCUGCAAGUUCUGUGAUGGCUGAUUGACUUUGUCAUAGUGUGUGAGCACGAUUGUCACAUUUGGUAGCAUGCAUUGCUGAACUGCUCUUUUUAAAUUUGACACUAUGAACCUGAGUGAAUACUGGAGGUCCUCUCUAGCUCUGUUGCAGUCUUUGGCUCUCUAUUGUUUGUUUUCCUAAAUAGACUGGAAACUGAGAGAAAGAAUGCCCCGGAAACAUGAGAUCAUGGAGGGAAUAUAAUUCAUGCUGACCAGCAAGAUCUCAUAUCGAAAUCUUCGUGUCAUCUUCUUUGAAUGUUUUGAUCUUCACUCCAACCGAUCUAACUGCUUGCUCAACUGGGUUUCCUAGAGAUCUUACUUGGUCCACAAGGGGAAGCUUUGAUGAGUAGAAAGUCUGCAGUAUUGUAUUACACAAUGUAGUCUUACCUGCAAAUAAAAAUCCAAAUUUGUUUUUGAAGC